AUGAAGGCCGAGAAAGCGAUGCAGUUUGAGUCCGUUUUGUCAGGGAUCGAGGCCGACAAUCAAUUUAGUUUGCCAAGCGAUCAUCACCGCCCACAACGACGACAUGCGCUCCUUUCAGUUGCAUGUAGAUUCCCACCCUUUUCCCUUUUUCCAUCUCUUCUACUUCACCUCCCCGCAUUUCCGUUUCUCCGUUGCGGAUACGAUACAAUGCGGCUGCUUGAAGCCCUCCCCUCCGCAUUACUUCUCCUUCUCCCUCAUGCGGUCGCGGCUGCCAACCCAGGCACCUUUAGCGUGUCUGCUAACACGCGUGUUAGCGCCAUGAUGAUGUUUGUGGGCAACACAGACAAGGUCUAUAUCCUUGACAAGGCGCAAGGAAACGCAGAACAGAUCAAAGGCCACUCAGCUUGGGGCUCUGCAUAUGACCUCAAUUCGGGGAAAGUUGACCUUAUGGACGUGCAGACCAACACCUUCUGUAGUUCUGGCAUGCAUUUGCCCAAUGGCUCUUAUGCUGUCUUCGGUGGCAACGGCGCUGUCGCCAUAGGUGGUGGAGCCUCAGACGGUGACGGCUGGGACUCGAUUCUACAAGAUUUUGACGGGUCUCGUGCCAUCCGAAUCCUCAGCCCAUGCUCCUCCUCAGACGACUUCAACUCACCUGCUUGUCAGUGGUAUGACGACCCAACGAAUAAUGCAUUGCGGAUGCAAGCUCAGCGAUGGUAUUCAACGGCCGAACCUCGUGGAGAUGGGACAAUUGUGCUCAUGGGCGGGUUUACUGGUGGCGGAUACAUACUCCGAAUCGUCCCAAACAACGACCCUAGUCUUGGAGGGUCAUUGUCUUAUGAAUUUUUCCCGAAUACCAGGAACCAGGCCCCACAGAGAUUGGAUUUCCUCUUUAAGUCCUCUGCCCUCAAUGCAUACCCCCAUGCAUAUCUCAUGGCUUCUGGGAAGUUCUUUUUGCAAGCCAACCUGUCGACUGCUCUUUGGGACAUCGAUAACAACAAGGAGCAGGACCUUCCGCCGAUGCCAAACGGUGUUAUCAGAGUUUAUCCUGGAAGCGGUGCCGCAGCAAUGCUGCCUAUGACCCCAGCCAAUAAGUACACCCAGACCAUCAUCUUCUGCGGCGGUUCCGAUAUUAACGAACCUGACUGGGGUAAUUUCUCUUUCCCAUUCGUUAACACGUGGGACAUCCCCGCAUCCAAAGACUGCCAAAGGAUAACACCUGAAGGGGAUGCUGUCUACGUCCAAGAUGACGAUUUGCCGGAAGGCCGUACCAUGGGCCAGUUCAUUAUUCUCCCCACAGGCAAGUGCUUGAAAUUCUCCCGAAAUCUUCGUGAUGACAUUGUGCCAGGGCAGCUUCUUAUCAUCAACGGUGGUGCAAAUGGAACUGCUGGAUAUGGCGAACGAAAUUUACUCACCAGCCCGGAGAACAUGCCUUUCCAUCAGUCUUUUGCUUCUGGGCCAGUUGGUACACCAGCAUUGUACGACCCAAACGCACCCAAAGGCAAGCGGUGGACGACAACGGGCUUUGAGACCAGUCAGAUCGCGCGCCUCUAUCAUUCGUCUGCGGUCCUCCUCCCAGAUGGUUCUGUACUUGUUGCGGGCUCGAAUCCGAACCUAGACGUGAACAUCAGCAAAGCAGUUCAGUUCCCCACGGAAUAUCGAGCGGAAAAGUUCUACCCACCAUAUUUCUCCGCCAAAACCCGACCUGCCCCGCAAGGUGUUCCCACCACACUCGGCUACGGCGGUAACGCGUUCGAUGUAACUAUCCCGUCGAGUUCGUACUCCGGAAAAGGAAACGAUGCUGCAGAAAGUUGCCAGGUCAAUGUUGUCAGGCCAGGGUGGACGACUCAUGGUAUGAACAUGGGACAGCGAUUCCUCCAACUGGACAACACCUACACUGUCAACAAGGAUGGCUCCAUCACUCUUCAUGUCGCCCAAAUGCCCCCGAACCCAAAUCUUUUCCAACCUGGACCAGCAUUCAUCUUUGUCGUUGUCAAUGGCGUCCCCAGUAACGGCACAUUCGUCAUCGUUGGGUCCGGUAGAAUUGAGAAACAACCCGUCGGUGCAGCCGCGUCACUUCCUGUCAGCGUGAAACUGGAUACCGCCUCUGGCUCGUCUGAUUCUAACCCAAACGCAAACACGGGGGAUCAGCAGCACAACUCUCAAUCGGAUGGCUCUAACUCUGGGUCAUCAUCCAACACGGGAAUGAUUGCUGGCAUUGCUGGCGGAGUAGCCGCUCUGGCGCUACUUGGGCUGGGAGUUGGUAUUUGCAUCGCCAGGAGAAGACGUGCACGUAUCCGGGCCGGCAUUGCCGCCGGCAAGGCGGCUAAUGCACGCGCUCCACCACCGCCCAGCAUGAACUUCAACGUAGCUGCGAUAGGCGGUGGCUCAUCUCCUUACGCUCCCGUUCCGCCUCGUUCUCCAGGGCCAGAGUCACGGUCGCAGUUCUUCGGCGGCCAUCUCCAGCGGAAUAGUGAUGCUUGGAGCCAUAGUCAGGUGACCGAUACAGACAGCGGUGUCUGGGAGGCCCAUGCACAGGCACAUAUCCCAGAAAUGUCGGGUCUCCGACAACAACCAUACCGUGACGAGAUCGACGACAUCCAGCCAACAUCUGGCUUUGUUGGUCAAAAUUUCAACGGGCAGCAUGCUGAGGGCCGCGAGUCCCAACAAAGUUUCCGUCCUGCAUACUAA